AUGAGUGUUUUGCAGAGUCGCCCUUCCAGUUCGCAAACGUGGACCGCCCGCUCUUGUCGAUUCACUGAUAGCUUUGCAAAGAUUGUUAAAGGAAAGGUAAAGAUGGAACAAACUGCCGCUGCUCCAAUUCUUUCCGAUUCUCUUCGCCUUUCAUCAAGGGAAAGUCGAUGCUCGAUUGAUGAAGGAACGAAAGAAUAUUCUGAGAUCCUUAAAGCGUCCAUCCUUCCAAAUAUUAAUGAUCCCGAUGGAACUAAUCGAAGUAUUGUGAAAAGGGAAGCCGAGGAUAGAGGAUGGGCGAUAUUUUCGGCUCAAGUACACGAUACAUUUGUUCGAGUACAACAAUUUUCAAAAAGCUAUUGGCAACUCAUUCGAAUAAAAUGGGUG